AUGCCUGGAAGCCGACCAAGAUGGAUGCUGCAUGUGCAGGCCGUGUUUUGGAGGUUUCUCAUGGGGAUUGGCAUGUCUCUCCACAAAAUGGCACGACCUCGGCCUUCUCGACCUGCGUUUCACCGAGACAUCGACGCGACUAUUUCACCCAUCAAAGGCCAAUUUCGAAUACAUUUCUACGUACCGAAGGACUACAAGCGCUAUAAAAAGCUCAAGGGGAGUAAGAAGUAUCCUUGCGUCAUCAACUUUCAUGGCGGAGGCUUCGUCCUAGGAACAGCGCACGACGAUGCGCGCUGGUCGAAUAUCGUGGUCAAGGAGGUCGGCGCAGUCGUUGUGUCUGUCGCAUAUCGCCUCGCACCCGAAUACCCAUUCCCCACAGCCGUUGAAGAUGGCGCGGACGCAAUACUAUGGCUUGCGCAAAACGCAGAAGAGCUCAUGCUCGACCCUGACCGCUUUGCAGUGUCAGGCUUCUCGUCUGGAGGCAACAUGAGCUUUACAGUACCCUUAUGCCUACAGGGAGAGCUAUUCGACCGCGACCAAACUGGCGCAUCGAUCAGAGACGGUCGUGCGGGUAGUGUACCAAACGCCGUCAUCCAGCCUCCACCGACUGCCAACUCAACUAAUACAGCGCAAAGCUCCAGCUCGCGCAUACCGCUCAUACGGCAGCAAUCACGUCUCGACCGGAUCGCCAUGAUGCGCCAGACCGGUGCCUCUUCGCUGUCCCUAGUCACAUCAUACAAAGAAGGGCCAGCUGUGUCAGUGAUGACAACAGCCAACAACAGAGUUGUCAAGAUCAGAGGCAUAGUCUCCUUCUACCCACCCACCGACUACACAGUAACCCGCGCCCAACGCCGAGCCACAUGCGCACGCGCCGACCAGAACCUCCCCGCCGUCUUCACCGAGCUCUUUGACGACUCGUACCUCCAACCGCCCUCGCUCGACCUCGCACACCCCUGGCUCAGCCCCGGUCAGGCACCGAUACACAUGCUUGAAGCGUUGCCAGAUGAUAUCGUCAUGUUUUGCUGCGAGUGGGACAUGCUGCUCGCCGAGGGUGAGCGGUUCAGGGAUAAGCUGCAGAAGGACCUGGGGAAGCGCGUACACUACCAUUGUGUGCCUGGCGUACCGCACGGCUGGGAUAAGGCGCCGAAUCCGCUUAGAGAGUCACCAGGCGCGAGGCAGCAGUAUAUGGUUGCGUGUAAGGAGCUGAGACGCAUGUUUGAGAUUGAUGAGGACGAGGAGGAAGAUCAUAAACAUGCGGAUCUGCCGUGUAGGAAGUAUCAUAAGAGUGUGGAUAUGGGGAAGCUGCAGGUGCCGCCGAGUUGA